CUUGUUGUUUUAGUCGCACCCAAGAUGGCGCCGGAGCCGGCGGCUCCUUAGCGCUGGGGCCGGGACAAACCGUUCGCUCCCGCGGGUGGGGGGGAGUAGGGCGCUGUCAUUCCCCCCCCCUCUCGCAGGAGAGCCAUGUUACAGAAGAUCACCUUGUCUCGUGUGAGUAGAGACAUAGCGAACAGAUGAAUCUAUUCAGCCGAGCACUGCUCCAGUAAUUAGCUAUCACCAUGGAGCACCACAGCAGGGACGAGAUGGACUCGAAAGAGGAAAGUCCACAGGUGUGGUCUGAAUCUGCUGAGCAGGAACAGAAUACUGCUCAGGUGCACUUUGUCCCUGAAGGUGGAGCAGUGGCACAAAUUGUGUACAGUGAUGAUCAGGACCGUCCCCCGCAGCAGGUGGUCUACACAGCAGAUGGCACCUCUUACACCUCAGUGGACACCUCGGAGCACACGUUGGUUUACAUCCAUCCUGUGGAGGCUACGCAGUCUCUGUUUACAGACCCGUCCCAAGUGGCUUAUGUCCAGCAGGAUGCCACAACACAGCAGGUAACUGUGCUCUUGCCUGCUGCUGCUCAGAGCAUGAAUUCCACCAACCUCUCCGUGCUCGGCAACGUUGCCGAAUCCCCACAGCAAAUGGCUCUGGAGCAGGGUCCACAAGCAGACAGAGCAUCAUUACCAGUGCAUAACCAGGUAUUACCUCCUAUGGAGGCAGUGGAUGGUUCUGAUCCUUUAGCACCUCUGCAGAACCCAAUGGGGAGGAUGGAAACGAAAGAGGAAGAUGAUGACGACGACGAGGAUGAUGAAGAUGAAGACGAAGACGGGGAGGACACCGACUUGGAUGAAUGGGACCCAGAUCCACCUCGACCCUUUGACCCCCAUGAUCUGUGGUGUGAAGAGUGUAAUAACGCGCAUCCCUCAGUGUGUCCGAAACAUGGACCUUUGCACCCAAUCCCAAACCGGCCAGUGCUGACCAGAGCAAGAGCCAGCCUCCCCCUGGUGCUCUACAUAGACAGGUUCCUGGGGGGAGUGUUCUCCAAAAGACGCAUUCCCAAACGCACACAGUUUGGCCCCGUGGAGGGACCGCUGGUCAGACAAAUGGAACUGAAAGACUGCUACAUUCAUUUAAAGGUGUCUCUUGAGAAGGGUGACAGAAAAGACAGGGAUUUACAAGAGGAUCUGUGGUUUGAGCUGUCCAGUGAGGCGCUUUGUAACUGGAUGAUGUUUGUGCGUCCAGCCCAGAACCACCUGGAGCAGAACCUGGUGGCAUACCAGUAUGGCCACCAUAUUUAUUAUACAACAAUUAAGAAUGUGGAGCCCAAACAGGAACUGAAGGUGUGGUAUGCAGCCUCCUAUGCAGAGUUUGUGAACCAGAAGAUCCAUGACAUAUCUGAGGAGGAAAGGAAAGUUCUCCGAGACCAAGAGAAGAACUGGCCAUGUUAUGAAUGUAAUCGUCGCUUCAUGAGCUCAGAACAGCUCCAACAACACCUCAACUCCCAUGAUGAGAAGCUGGACUUCUUUAGCAGAGCAAGAGGCAGAGGUCGCGGGCGAGGAAAGAGGAGGUUUGGGCCAGGCAGACGGCCAGGGCGCCCCCCGAAAUUCAUGCGCUUGGAAGUAACCAGUGAAAAUGGGGAAAAGUGUGAAGAAGGAACUCAGGACUUGCUGAAUUUUUCCAGCAAGGGGCAGUUUGAUGAGGCUGGACAAGCCACACUGAAUGGGCUGGAACAGCAGGAGCAGACCCCAGUGCCACCAGAGACGCAGUCGGCACUGGAUCAACAGCCAGAAGGCCAUCCAAUGCAACUCCAGCAGCAGCAACAUGAUGAGAACCCGGUGCCUAUGCAGAGCACCAUGACAGCAGAUGACAUGCGGCGAGCAAAGCGCAUUCGGAAUGCUGCUCUUCAGCAUCUGUUCAUCCGAAAGUCCUUCCGUCCGUUCAAAUGCCUGCAGUGUGGGAAGGCGUUCCGGGAGAAGGACAAGCUGGAUCAGCACCUGCGAUUCCAUGGGCGGGAGGGGAACUGCCCUCUGACCUGCGACAUCUGCAAUAAGGGUUUUAUCAACAGCGGCGCCCUGGAGAGUCACAUGAAGUUCCACUUGGACCAGAAAACAUAUUCCUGUAUUUUCUGUCCUGAGUCUUUUGACCGCUUGGACCUGCUCAAAGAUCACGUGGCAAUCCACGUCAAUGAUGGCUAUUUCACCUGCCCCACCUGUAAAAAGCGCUUUCCUGAUUUUAUCCAGGUGAAGAAGCAUGUGCGCAGCUUCCAUUCAGAAAAGAUUUACCAGUGUACGGAAUGCGACAAGGCUUUCUGCCGUCCCGACAAGCUGCGGCUCCACAUGCUGCGACACUCGGACCGCAAGGACUUCCUGUGCUCCACCUGUGGCAAGCAGUUCAAGAGGAAAGACAAGCUCCGGGAGCACAUGCAAAGGAUGCAUAAUCCAGAAAGAGAAGCUAAGAAAGCUGAUCGAAUCAGCCGCUCCAAAACCUUCAAGCCUCGGAUAGCUUCCACCGACUACGAGAGCUUCAUGUUCAAAUGCCGACUGUGCAUGAUGGGCUUCCGGAGGAGAGGCAUGUUGGUGAAUCAUUUAUCAAAGCGACAUCCAGACAUGAAAAUAGAGGAGGUGCCAGAGCUAACAUUGCCCAUCAUCAAACCCAACAGAGAUUACUUCUGUCAGUACUGUGAUAAGGUGUACAAGAGUGCCAGCAAACGCAAAGCCCAUAUUCUGAAGAACCAUCCCGGUGCUGAGCUACCGCCGAGUAUCCGGAAACUGCGCCCAGCGGGACCGGGAGAGCCAGACCCCAUGCUGAGUACUCACACCCAGCUCACGGGCACAAUAGCCACUCCACCAGUCUGUUGUCCUCACUGUUCCAAACAGUACAGCAGUAAGACCAAGAUGGUACAACACAUUCGCAAGAAGCACCCUGAGUUUGCUCAGCUCCCUAACACGAUACACACGCCCUUGGCAGCAGCUGUCAUCAGUUCCACCCCUGCAGUUUUAACCACUGACAGCACUACCGGAGAGACCGUCGUGACAACAGAUCUGCUGACGCAAGCAAUGACAGAACUGUCCCAGACCCUGACGACAGACUAUCGAACCCCACAGGGAGAUUAUCAGCGAAUCCAGUACAUCCCUGUGUCACAAUCCACAGCUGGCCUGCAGCAGCCCCAGCACAUACAGCUGCAGGUUGUGCAAGUGGCCCAGGCUACCUCACCUCACCAGUCCCAGCAUUCCACGGUGGACGUUGGACAGCUGCAUGACCCCCAGACGUACACCCAGCAUGCCAUCCAGGUGCAGCAUAUCCAGGUCACAGAGCCAGCCCCAACAACUCAAUCAUCAUCACAGGUGGGAGCUCAGCCACUGAGUCCGUCAUCUCAACAGUCUCAGCAGGAACUCAGCCCCUCCCAAAUGCAAACGACGACGUCAGCACCAAGCCAAACUCUCCAGCAACAGCAAGGAUCCUCAGUCCAGCACACGUAUCUACCCAGCACAUGGAACUCAUUUCGUAGCUACCCAUCGGAAAUUCAGAUGAUGGCCAUCCCACAGGGGCAGUAUGUGAUUGCAGAGACAGCGGUAGGCACUCCUGUCACCACAGUGAACACAGGGCAAGUGAAAGCAGUCACCCAGACCCAUUAUGUGAUAUCUGAAGGUCAACCCGAUCUGGAUGUAAAACAGAACUCUUCACUCUCCAGUGGGGUGCAGGUGGGUGUGUCUCAGCCAUCAGCACACUGUGACCCCUUGGAAUCACAAACAACCAAUCAACAGCAAACCACACAGUACAUCAUCACUACAACCACCAAUGGGAAUGGGGGCAGUGAAGUGCACAUCACUAAACCAAGAACUUUCUCCACAGAGCAGGAAUGAAGAAAUCCCAUUGUGUCACCUGACUUUAAGGACAACCUCUCCCCCAAAACAUCUGGGUGUCCUGGAGCUCUUAUGUUUUAAAGUAUUCAUUCACAUAACUUCAGCUAGAAUCUUGGAGCUCUUGCUGAUGCUUUAUAAGGGGGUUUAGGUCGCAGCAACAACUAAAAAAUACCCUCAAAACCCUUUGGGAAUGGUGCCAUCUUAUGCAAAUCUUCAAGAAAAAGGAAAAAAUGAGAAGCGGAAACUGUGCUUGCCCAGAACUUUACUUUUUGGCAUGUCUGAUGACCCUUAUUUUUCCUUUGUGGAAGUAUCACAGUAUACAACAUUUAUUAUAAAAGUGGGGGAAAAUACUUGCCAAACAAAUAGCUAAUGGCAGAUUAUGCCCCAUGUACAUUUCUACCAUCUACAGUUAAACAAAAAGACAUCAUGUAAACUGCCUGUGGUAUUCGCUGUAUGUCAGAACUGCUCCCUGUGUCUUUAUUUUUAAAUGGCCAAGGAAGAAGGGAAUACACCAGCUAGAUAAAGAGCAGACCACCUGGAAAGAAGGAGCAGCGGCAAAUCGGUGACUCCUUGUAUGCACGUGAGUGUGAGAGGGACAGAUGUAACAAUGAAGCUGUGAAACUGUGCAGAAGCAGUCAAUUAAAUUAUUAUUUAGCAACCUUUUAGAACUGUUUACAUGCUGUCUGCGCUGCCCUGCCAAGAAGUUCUGGGGAGAAGGAAAGAUGCAGUCUUGAAACCUCAAUGUUUGGAAUUGAAAUCCUAAUAGCACAUGACGGUAACACUGAGCCUAUACUGUGUUUUUCCCUACACUCACAGGGAACUCUUCUUUUCCCUUGUAAACCAAUAAAAGGCUCGGUAAUGUUUAAACCUCUAUAGUAGCUUUGUGCUGUGACCCCUAAUGAUGGUUGUAUGAAGAGAGAAUGGGGGGAGGGAGUUCAAAGAAAUUGAUUUUUUUUAAAAAAACUUUUCUUUGGUAGUUUUAAAGUAAAAAGGCACUCUGAACGCUGUGCCUUACAAUUGCUGUUUGAAACUCACUUUAACCUGCAAUGUCAGCAGAGAACUUUUGUAACCUGCUCCCUGUGUACACACUUUUUGCAGACGUGGUAUACUUAUCUCUAGGGCUGCCUCAAAAUUUAAUUUCUUUUCUCUGUGAAGGUUGAAUGGAAAGUUGGUUGCUCUGAUAAAGUUGGUUGCUCUGA